CGCAUGCUCCCUGCGGCAGGCAGAGUGUCUCCUUGUCGGUCGGGUGAGGGCAGUGAGAGCACACAAACCCGGCGCGUCUGCACCGCUUGCGAUUCAAUCCGUUUUCCGGCAUGGCGGCUGCGUACAGGCUAGUUCUGGUUCGGCACGGCGAGAGCGCCUGGAACCUCGAGAACCGUUUCAGCGGCUGGUACGAUGCAGACCUGAGCCCGGCGGGGCAGGAAGAAGCCCGGCGGGGCGGAGAAGCGUUGAGAGAUGCUGGUUAUGAGUUCGACAUCUGCUUCACAUCUGUGCAGAAGAGGGCAAUCCGCACCCUCUGGACUGUGCUGGAUGUCAUUGAUCAAAUGUGGCUACCUGUAGUGAGGACCUGGCGCCUCAAUGAGAGGCACUACGGUGGCCUGACAGGCCUGAACAAAGCUGAGACAGCGGCUAAACAUGGUGAGGCUCAGGUGAAGGUCUGGAGACGUUCCUUUGACAUUCCACCACCUCCAAUGGAGCCUGAUCACCCUUUCUACAGUACCAUCAGCAAGGAUCGCCGCUAUGCUGACCUCACUGAAGAUCAGCUGCCUACAUGUGAGAGCCUGAAAGAUACCAUUGCUCGGGCCCUGCCUUUCUGGAAUGAGGAAAUUGUUCCUCAGAUCAAAGAAGGCAAGAGGGUGCUCAUUGCUGCCCAUGGCAACAGUCUCCGUGGCAUUGUUAAGCAUCUAGAAGGAAUGUCUGAGGCAGCGAUCAUGGAACUCAAUCUGCCCACUGGAAUCCCCAUAGUCUAUGAGCUGGACAAAAACCUGAAGCCUAUCAAGCCCAUGCAGUUCCUGGGAGACGAGGAGACUGUCCGCAAGGCCAUGGAAGCUGUGGCAGCCCAGGGCAAGGUCAAGAAGUGAAGGCAGGGACAGACAAGCAAUCAGUAGAAGAUCCCCUCCCUCCUCCCUUUCCUUCCCAGCACAUACCUGCCACAAAUCUGAGGGAUUGGGCAGCAGCACCAAAGGAGGUGAAGCUUCUUGGGGCCAAGUUCUUUCUUUCAAGCCCAAUUUCCUUCCACAUUCACUUUUCUCCAAUAGGAUCUGGCUAGAUAGCCUCCCUAGGGAUGUGGACCACAGUCCAGCAGAGGGUGUAGCCAGUCCCAGUGCAAUGGAAUGUGAUGCUGCUAAAGUGGAGGAGGAUCCCCAAGCAUUCCCUAAAGAGAGACCCUCCUGCCUUCAUUCCAUUUCGCGUGGCAGCUGUAGUUGUAGUCAGACAAGUAUUGCUUGAUUUGGUUUGGCCAUUCAGAAUUGUGACUUUAAGACUAGGGGUGAUUGGGACAGCACUACGGAUGCAAGGAUAAUUGAUUUCUAUUGAGUCUUUUUCGAGACCGCUUGUCACUUCAUUAAAGGGUAUAUAAGCUGUCCCUAGAGCUAUAUCUGAUUCUGUAGGUUUUAUUGCCUUUAAAAUGAUAGGGAGAAGGGGUGAGGGCAGGGGAAAAAAGGGAACAGUACCCACCCUGGACUCUCCAGCUGUGAUCCCCUAACCUUGCUGUGUAGUGUCAGUAAGCCCAGAUACUGUGUAUCAUCAUGUGUUGCUUUUCUGCCCCACAGUCUGUGUGGUAUCCCUGUCUGACAUAAGGCAGGUUUACACUGGAGCUCACUUCACUGUACAAUGGCUGCAUUUGCCCUAGUCUCAGUAAAAUAAAGGAAUUAUGUGCAAUA